GGUCGAGAGGAGGAAGGUUCCUGUGUUACACAGCGUACAGCGGUACAUUCGUUUAUUCUACUAUUAGCUCCGAGAGAGAGAUGGCUGAAGUCGCUCCCGCUGCCGCCCCCGCCGCUGCCCCGGCCAAAGCGCCUAAGAAGAAGGCAGCUUCGAGGGCCAAGAAAACAGGCCCUAGCGUCGGCGAGCUCAUCGUCAAAGCGGUUUCCUCGUCCAAGGAGAGGAGCGGCGUGUCUCUUGCCGCCCUGAAGAAAGCUUUGGCUGCCGGCGGAUACGACGUAGAGAAGAACAACUCUCGCGUCAAGCUCGCCGUCAAGGGCCUCGUUACUAAAGGCACUCUGGUGCAGACCAAAGGCACCGGCGCGUCUGGAUCUUUCAAGCUGAAUAAGAAGCAGACCGAAGUUAAGAAGCCCGCAAAGAAAGCCGCGCCCAAAGCGACAAAGGCGGCCGCCAAAAAGCCCGCCGCGGCUAAGAAGCCCAAGAAAGUAGCGGCCAAGAAACCCGCAGCAAAGAAGUCUCCCAAGAAGCCCGUCGCUGCCGUCAAGAAAGCCACCAAAAGCCCGAAGAAGGCCAAAAAGCCGGCGACCCCCAAGAAAGCAGCCAAGAGCCCUAAGAAGGCCAAAAAGCCGGCGACCCCCAAGAAGGUAAAGGCUGUAAAGCCCAAGACCUCAAAGCCCAAAGCGGCCAAAGCCAAAAAGGCUCCCAAGAAGAAGUAAAUGUGUUUCUUCUGUUUUUUUUUUUAUUUAUUAUUAUUUUUUUUACUCCUCAAACGGCUCUUUUAAGAGCCACCCAUAUUUUCUCUUAAAGAGCUGUUUCCUAUUUUGAUAAACAUGAUACACAAAAUGAUGACUAGUGGAUUCUGUACCGAGUGUUUAGGCAGCUACAGACUUGUACAGUCACCUUCACAUGUAAGUAUUAACACCUAGAGAGAAUUGGACAGUUUACAUUUUAAAUCCAUGUGUAUUUGUCUUUACUCUCUUCUAUACUAAUAUAUGCUUUAUAGAUAUAAAACCAGUGAAUAAUCAAGAUACUGAUUAUAAAUCAGUUGACAAAAUAUUUUCUCUCUACAAUGAUAUGCAUUUAGUCUU